UUUCUCGAUAAUCUCAACCCGUGCAAUGCCGAUGGACCUUCGCAUAUAUUUGAGUACGGCUCCUUUCGUUUAUGCUUGACAUCAUAGAGUUUAAAAGCAUAAACAAAAGUACUAACAAACAUAUUUCAGUGAAAUUUAUUUGAUUUAAGCUUAGUUUUAUAAAAUAAUGUCGGAUUCAGAUAUUGAAUACCGAAUCUUGGAAGCUCAAGAUUUUACAACAACAAUGGAAUUUAUACUUGAAAAUUUUGCAACAAAAGAGCCUACUACUUUUCACUUGAAUAUUCAAAGAGGAACUUUCGAAGAAUAUUUUUCUCCGUUAAUCAAGACAGCAAUAUCAUAUGGUGUCAGUAUCGGUGUGUACAAAAAAUCAUCAGGAGAAAUGUGUGCAGUACGAAUCAAUUUACUUGGUGGCAUGGAGAAACCAAUUCUACCUCCGUUUGAAAAUCAGCCACUGGAAAUGAAGCAACUUUUGGUGUUUCUAAAAUCUAUCCACAAAAAAGAACUUUGUGAAGAGUUCGGGUCAGAUCAUUAUCUCGAACUAUUUUUGACGGCCGUGAGACAAGACUUCACAAACCGUGGUAUUGCAACUCAUCUUUACAAAAGGACUGAAGAACUUGCGAAAAAGAACAGUUGUUUAUAUCUCUCAGUAAUUUGCACUAGUGCUUUCACAAUUAUGGCAACAACAAAACUUGGAUACAAACAGAGAGGGAAUGUAUCUUAUCACGAAUAUAUUGAUCCUCUCACUGGAAACAAAAUAUUCGAAAAGAUACAAGAACCGCAUAAAAUUUGUGCUUGGAUGGUGAAAGACAUUGAUUAAUAUA